GUAAACAGACCCACAGGAUACCGCGCGGCGCUAAGUUUUACCCUUCAAUGUGAACCGAUCUAAACGUUUAGCUGCGAGAAGGAAGCUCACAGUGAAUAAUUUCCACGCAGAGACGGGGGAGUGGGACACAGUCUAGCAAGCACUGCAGCUUUUCCAGCAUCUAGGAGCAGACUGAGGAGCUCCUGAGUUCAAAGAUGUCUGUGCUGCGUUAAGAUAGCAUGCCAAGCUAAGUGCUAGCUUUCCCCAGAAACUCGUCCGGGCAUGGCAGCGGGAGCCGGAGCCGCUGCCGGGGGCUCUCUGGAGUCAACUUUAAACAGGAAGUUACAAAAUGUGACCAACACCAUGGACUCAAUUCAAGGACUGUCAACGUGGUGCAUCGACAACAAGAAGUACCACAGUGUGAUAGUGCGACACUGGAUAAAAUGCUUGAGGAAAUCUGACGCCUCACACAGACUCAACCUGCUGUACCUCGCCAAUGAUGUCAUUCAGAACUGUAAAAGGAAAAACGCCAUCGUUUACCGUACGGCAUUCGCUGAGGUGCUUCCAGAUGCCUUCCAGCUGGUUAACCAAGAAGGUGACUCGAAGGUGAUAAAAUCAGUGGAGAGGAUACUGUCUAUCUGGGAGGACAGAGGUGUGUAUUCGGGGACACUCAUUGCUGACCUUAGGAAUGCCUUAAUCAAAGAGGAGUCCCCUCCUGUGACACCUGUGGAGCAAAAAACUCCAGUCGAGUCUAAAGCCGAUCUACGAUCCAAGGUUGUUGCUGAAUUUCUGCCGCAGGCACUAAUAGACCAGCUGUCCAAGUACAAGAGAUCUGUGGAGGAGGUCGACCUGCGAGAGAAACAGCUGGCAGCUAUGAGGGUAGACAUCUUAAGUUCUGAUGCCCUCAAGAAACUCAAAGAUAAGGCAGGAGGAAAGAAGUUCUCCAAGGACUUUGAGGAAGGAAGUGCACAGCUACAGGAAUUCGUGAAGUUCUUUGACAAACAAAGCAAAAUCUUACCUCAGCUCCUGGAGGCACUCACCAACGCAGAUAUCUUCUAUGAGAUGCAGUAUAAGGAAGUUAAGAUUGUAGCUAAUGCCUACCAAACGUUUGCUAACCGUGUGUCUCACCUGAAGCGUAAACUGGACACCCUGAAGGGCGCCUUACCCGACUUUGACGAGUCACCCAUCCCCUCUCCCUCGGCAGACGCUCCAUCUCCAACAGGCUCAGAGUCCCCUUUUCACGGUCUGGAAAUGGCCCACCCCGAUCCAGACCUUGAUGGUUCUGCUAUGGACGAUGACGCAGAGCCGCCGGCCCCGAGCCCCCUGUCCUCCCCAGGUGGGUCUCCCAGACCCACAGAGGUUCUCGGUGAGAAUGACAAUCGUGAAGUUGAGGACAUGGAGCUCUCUGAGGACGAAACGGACAGUGGGGGAAUCAUAGUUGAAGAUCAGACUAAACCCGUCCCCCACCCAGAGGCGCCCACUCCGGUGCCUUCAAAAAGUGAGCCGUCAGUAGCAACAGAGCAGCCCGCCGCACAGAUCACGCCUCCUAUAGCUGCUUCUGCGGCAGCUCUGGAAAGUGUGGACAUGGGUAAAAUUGGCUCCAUCCUCAACAGUUUAAGCUCAGUCGUGAAGAACACAGUGGAAACUCCUCCGGAGGCUGCGCCUGCUGUCUCCUCAAUUAAGAGCACACCUGCUGUGCCCGUAGCCACACAGGACCCCAGUUCUCUGGUCAGCAUCCUCUCCAAGGUAGAAGUGAGUCCUGCAGACCUCCUCAGUGCUCUGUCCAAAGUCCAAGGUCAAAGCAGCCUCGAAGGCAUCACCUCUCUUUUGGGCAGCUCAGCUACUAAUGUCAGCUCAGACUCCUCCAGUUCAGGCAAGACUGCCUCUCCCUCAUCCACAGUUUCAUCAGCUGUACCCUCUCAGAGCCUGCCUCACUCCUUUGGCACACCUGCGCCUCCUUUAUCCAGCUCUACUGCAAGGCAGAGCUCAAGCACCCAGGCACCCCCUCAGACUUCCAACCCAGCCUCUGCCCUGGUUCAGGCUCUUCACAGAGACAUGGAUUUGACAACAGAUCCAGAACCAGAGCCAUCUUUGUCCUCUACAAGUUUAGAGUCUAAAAUACACAGCUUCUUGCAGGGAAACCCUGCUUUUAAUGCAUUUGACUUGGUUUUUAAUACAAACCCAGCUCUGGGAAGCAAUAAUCAUAGCCCAGUUACUGGCACAGACACCCAGGACGGUACACCAGUACGGGAUGAGGGGGGCGGUACCCCAACUCAAGAUGAGAUUAUGGACAAGCCAGUGGUGGUUCCAUUUACUUCCAACUUAAAUCAGUCAUCUAUUGCUGAGCCUGCAACAAUGGCUCCUGUUGCAUACCAGAAUAGCACCCAGCAAACCCCCAACAAUCCUCAACAGCCUGCUCACCUGCGGCCAGGUGUGGCUCAGAAUGGACAGAUCUACCAGCCAUACCCCUUUGGCAAACAGGAAAUGUCAGAGCAUGGGAUUACUGCACCCGUUUCACAUUACCAGCAGAUUUCUGCACAGACAAGAGGGCCAGUGCCUGAAGAAAGAGCCCCAGGCAGUGCCAGUAACACACAGACUCAUGAGGGCUUUCAUGGGCCGAGUGAAAGAAGUUGGUUUGGUGACACUUACCCAGAGGGGAGCUCUCAGCAGCCCAGCGGUUACAAUGAACCUGGAGGAACUCGAGAAAACAGCACAUCCAGACUUUAUCCAUACCAAGCUGAGCAAACUCGGGAACCUCAAGAGCUGGUUUCCCAGCAGGGGGGCACCCAGUCACAUGCUUUCUUUAAAAGCAGCCUUCCUCCUGUCCCAAGGUUACCUCCCCCUCCUCAUGUUUUUGACCCACCCCCUCCAUUGGCCAGCAAUUCGAUGAUUCCUCCAGAGCAGCAGCCAGUUGCCGGCACAGACUCCAGGGAUAUGCUUGGGGCCAGAACAGACAGUGUCAUCAGUGGGAUGGUGGUCCAUGAUCAUCAACACAGAUCCCUGUAUCAUCCAGAUGAACAUCUGUAUGACACUGACCAGCAUCGGCCACACAACCCUGAGGAUUUACAUCGUCACUCAGAUGACUUGCGUUACCAGGGGGAAUUUGAGCGGCACCACAAUGAACUCCACCAACGUGAGCCCCCUUUCUUCCAAGACGAUACUUACCACGGCCCAGAUGAUCCAUAUUACAGACCAGUCAGUCCUCCGCACCACUUUCCUCGAGUUCAAGGGCGCCUCACUCCUCCACUCUCAAACUCAGAGGACCCGUACUACGCCCAUGACUACCUGCAUCACAGUCCCCCUGCUCCGCACUACGCUCCUAGGAGACCACCACCUCAUCAUGAAAUCCGUCAUCCUGGUCUGCGACCUCCACAUCGACCCCCUCACCCCGCACCUCACCCACACCCGAGAGGACCUCCUCGCCCCCCAUUUCCUCGGUUCCAGGGGCCCAGCCCGAGAUUUAGAGGCAAACAUCCAGGUCCAAGACCCGGGGGUCCAAUGUUCCCCCCUAAAAGACCCUUUCUGCCCCCACGGUACUGACUGAACGUGUAGCUUUGAGACUGCUCAUAGUCAAGAGUCUUGAGUUCCUCACUCUGCCAUAAGAAGCCUCCUAAGAGCUAAAAUGGAGACUGCAGGUGUAGGUGCAGCUAUUGCAUUGAGUUGGGGACGAUGAUGCAAAGUAGAACUGAAGAAGAAUAAAUUCAACAGCUCCCAGAAGAGAAACAAAAAAAAAAAAAAACUUUAAAUGCAGAAGAAUAAAGGGUGUGUAGAAGAUUGAGGAGGGCCAACACCAAGAGACAUAAAGAACAGGGCGCCUCUGGGAGGGCUGCUGAGCUGAAGAGUGAAGACAGAAGAUAAGAGGUGGAUAUAUAUAUAUAUAUAUAAUUCACUUUUUGUGUUAUUUCCUCCAGUAUGAAGCACUGCAUUAAAUGUUAGUGUGUCAGAGUGCGUGCAUGGUAUGUGUGUGUGCAUGCAGUCCAGUCUAAGCCAACUAGUCACAGGCAGUUCCUCUUUUUUUUUUUUUUCUUUUUCUUCAAGAUAGUUAUUUUUGCUAAGAAAGUAAGAAAAGAAUGUAGUUGAUGCAAUUUUUCUGCUCUUAUUUAGUUUUUCAGUGAGCAGUUUUGACUGCUUCUGUCCCAUAUCAGCAGUAUCCCAGUAGCUUUUGAUAAAUCAUUAAUUUAAACUUCUCUUUGGGUAUGACAAAUCAGUUGUAUGUUAUGGAAUUUCUUUUUCUUCUACAAAAUACAUUAGCAUAUUUGGGAAAAUUAUUCUUCAUUGUUCCAACUCCGAAUGUGCUUUUUGUGAAGCAUUGCUUGCUCCACCUGUGCGUAAGACCUCUUCGGCGAUAAUUUUUUUACACCUCGUUAAGGAAAGCGUCUAGAAAAGGGGGGAUUUUUUUUUUCUUUUUUUUUUUCCCAGCCUCCAAAACCAACGCAGAAGAAGUGCAUUUCUGGAAGGGGGACGAAGACAGUCGACUUCAAUUUCGUUUAUUUGUACUGACCAAUAAAAA